ACCUCGAGCCUUGUGGUAUGGCGGGGAGGGCCCCCCCAGGAAGCGACGCGCUGGCGGCGCUGACGUUGCGCCGCGGUCUGUCGGGACCCGUAGGUAGCGAUGGCCGCCGCGCUGGCGGCUCCGGGCGGCGGCGGCGGCUCCGGCUCCGGGGCGCCGGCGGCGGCUCGCGGACCGGCGCUGCGGGAGGGCGCCCGGGUGUCCGCGCUCUGCCUGGCCUGGUACGGGCUAAGCGCGGGCGGGAACGUGGUGAACAAGCUGCUGCUGGGUGGCUUCCCGCGGCCAGUCACCGUCUCGCUUUUCCACAUCCUGGGGCUCUGCGGCCUCUUGCCGCCGCUGCUGCGCGCCUGGCGCGUCCCUCCGGCCGGGCCCGCGCAGCUUCCGCCCCGCGCCUACCCCCGCUACAUCCUGCCGCUCGCCUUCGGCAAGUACUUCGCCUCCGUGUCGGCGCACGUCUCGCUCUGGCGGGUGCCGGUGUCCUACGCGCACACAGUAAAGGCAACAAUGCCAAUAUGGGUGGUUCUGCUGUCAAGAAUUAUAAUGAAAGAAAAACAGACUACAAAGGUGUAUUUAUCACUGAUCCCUAUAAUCAGUGGUGUACUGCUGGCUACAGUCACUGAACUCUCUUUUGAUAUGUGGGGACUCAUCAGUGCUCUUGCUGCUACACUCUGUUUCUCACUUCAGAACAUCUUCUCCAAAAAGGUGUUGAGAGAUUCCAGAAUACAUCAUCUUCGGCUGCUAAACAUACUCGGAUGUCAUGCUGUGUUCUUCAUGAUCCCAACAUGGGUUUUGGUGGAUCUUUCUUCCUUUCUAGUAGAAAAUGACUUGAGUACAGUGUCCCACUGGUCCUGGACUUUAAUGCUGCUCAUAAUCAGUGGAUUUUGUAACUUUGCCCAGAAUGUCAUCGCCUUCAGUAUUCUUAAUUUAAUCAGCCCAUUAAGUUACUCUGUUGCAAAUGCCACAAAAAGGAUCAUGGUCAUUACAGUUUCCCUUAUAAUGCUUCGAAAUCCAGUCACCAGCACCAACGUUCUUGGGAUGCUGACUGCAAUCUUAGGGGUAUUCUUGUAUAACAAGACAAAAUAUGAUGCAAAUCAGGAAGCAAAGAAGCAGCUACUUCCAGUUACAACUGGAGACCUUAUGAAUCUGGAACAUCACUGGAACACUCCAGAAAAGUCUCAGAAUGGACUCAUGAUAUUCGCACAACAUGGAGAUUACCAGUAUGGCCGAGCCAAUGUCUUGACAGAUCACUUCCAGUAUAACAGGCAAAAUUAUCCAACGACAUACAACUUAAACAGAUAUGAUAUAUAGGAUUCUGAUAAGCAGGUAUAGACUGUAACAGUUGCCCCAGAAUUAUCAGAAACUUCUGGCAUGCUCUUGAAUGUAAAGCUGUAGAUUGUAUAGGUUCUUCAGAGGGGAAGAUGCAUGUGUAUCAAAAGUGGUAUAGAUUUUCAUUUUCAGCCAAGCAGGUUUCUAAACAUGAAGCAAUUAUAUCAGACACUGGAAAGGAGUGUACAGUAGAAUUUCUUGUACAGAGAUUCUGGUGAAAUGCAAGUGUAAAACUCCAGCGUAAAUAUUUGCUGUCAUGUUUUCAGAGCCUGUCAACUGACUACUGUUUUGGCAGUAAAAAUGUAGCCAGUAUUUCCUUUCCAGGCUAACAACUUGACCUUUAACUUGUGUUUAAUUUUAUUUUUAAUGCUACAUAGUUCAUUACUUUCCAAAUGAAAUUUAUGAAACUUUUGUAGAAAGUGAAACUGUGUAUGCUCCUAAUUGGUGUUAGCAGGGCUUGUCAGUUGGAGGAGAGUUGAUUUGUGUGUCUAAAAGCAGAUUUGAAUUUCAGUUGCACAGGUUUAAAAUGUCAUGCUGAUAUUAAGUACCUGUUGGAGAGUCUUCACAUUCUUUGAUUGAUGAAGUUGUGUAAAUGUUUCAGUAGUUACUCUUCAUCUGACAACAGAAAACACCUUGCCAAAUAAAAAUUAGUAUUUGGAACAAGGCUGUUUUCCUGUGACUUCUCUGCACUUGUUUUUGUAACCCUAGCUUGUUGCCAUCCUGAGUUGGGAGACACUUACGGAUUGUUUUUUCUUUCUCGCUUUCUUUUUAUUGGGAGAAUUAUACUCCAUCAUAUGACUUAUGUUUCAUGAAUGUGGAUUUGGAUGUAUCACAUCCCUUCUAAUUGUCUACGAAAUCUAUUUUUUGGCCUCCAAUUAUAUUUUAUGUUUUUCUUCCACAAUAGUUCUAGUAGCACUAAGUAUGUUCUGCCUAACUUGUAUGUUCAGAUGAGUUAUGGAAGUUAACGUUUAUACCCUUUUUUCCUCCUGUAGUGCCCCUGGCUUGAAUAAUGAAUUAUGAGAAAUUGUUCUUGAGUCAAGAGUGAAUAUGUAAAAUUUUGAAGAAUGGGUAUUGAAUUUUCUGUUUUGCACUUUUUGCAUAAAUGAGGGUGCUUUGACAAAACAUGAAGUUUUGUUAAUGAGUUAUGUCACAUAUUGUGUGUGAGAGAGAAGUGAAGCCAUAUGAGCUUUGGAGUAUAGAAAACUAUUUUUGGCAAAGAUGAUGAUCUUCAGGUCUUGGAGGAGGAGCCCAUCAUAUAGUGGAUUGAGAUUCUGGCAGGAGAAGUGCUGGGCGCAUUCUUGCUGAUAGGUCAUUAAACAAACACCAGUGACUGACGUCAGUAGUGAUGGACAUUAUACAAAAUACUCCCUCCCCAUGUAUUCUUUUCAUGAAAGAUGAUUGCCUUUUAGAAGCAAGAUAAUUUUGUGGCUUUCUUCUUGAUUAAUUAUUUACAUACCUUUUUAUUUUUAUUUUUUUUUCCUGUAAGUGCAAAGCUAAAUCUAUUCCCAGUCUGCUAGAUGCUUGUAGAAAUUCCCAGUGUAAUAGUUUUGUUGAUGUGUCUCAAAGGAGAUAAUGAUGCAUUCUCUGGAGGCUGGGCCAAAUUCAGUCAUGGUGUAUGAGCAGAACUCCACUGAUGUCAGUGGAGGUGAAUGUGUUCAUGCUAGUAGGAAAUUUUGCACUUGGAUGUUUAAUCUGUAAAACUCAAGGUUCAGAAAUCAUUCUGGAGACCCUUCCCACACAACUGUUAAACCAGAAUUGCUUUCAUAGACUCUGGGCUUCAUUUCUUUACAACUGUUAUUUCAUAUUAACAACAUGCAAAAGGGAAAAAUACAGCCAGUGGAAAGACUGACGUAAUGUAUUUCUAAGGCACCCUUUUUAAUAUCUGAGUACCAUUGCAUAAAUGCAGAAGGAAGGAUGAUCUUGUGGUUUAAUACUCUGGACUGGGACUCUGGUUCAGUUCCUGGUUCUGCCGUAAACUUCCUAUGUGAACUUGGACACAAAUCACUUAGCCUGAAGUUUUCAGAGGAAGUUAAGAGAGUUAGAAGCCAAAUUCAGUUACACACUCAGCUCCCAUUGAAAGUAACUCCUAUAAACCUGUCUGAAAAUCUCAACCUUGAUUUUUGUGCCUCAGUUCCCUAUCUGUAAAAUGGAGAUAAUUCUUCCAUACCUCAGAGGGGUGCUGUUCUGGAUUACUGCAGUGAUGGAGGCCAUAAAAAGGCAUAACAAUCCCUCUGAUCUGUGCUUUUCUAGUGUGCCUACCACCGUAUCUUGGCACCAUGUGAAUCAUCCCUUCAGGGAAGAGGAACACAGCCACCUUCUCCUUUUUUCCUAAGUAGAUGCUUGCUUAAUCAUAUUUAGGUGGCUUAUUUCGUAGCGAUUGCAAUCUAGUCUGUUUCACAACUCCUUCCUUAGAAGGCUUGUAUUGCACCCUCCUAAACUAGCAGGACGUGGGCUCAGUCUCAUCUGUCAGGGUUGUAAUCACAAGUGAGGGCCCCUUCUGAGAAUGCCUUGUCCCUGUUUCUCAAAUUCUAAUCUGGACUGUGGCAGCCUCAGUGUCCCCCAUGAAUACAACUGCUGUAAUGCGGUGCAGUGCAAUGCAAUAGGGGGUGAGAGCUAGGCCAUAGUCCACUUAGGGCUCUGAAGAUAACUUUGUAGGCUUUUCUCCUAGAGGCUACAUGACCUGUGGUCAUGCUUUGCUAGUUCAGGCUGUAUAGUCAGUGGGAAUUAUUUUGUACAAUAGAAUCUUUAGGUGAAUCAUACUACAGUAAAUGAUUUCCUUGAAUACCUGAACCAAAGUUCCAAUGCAAUUACUACCUACAUUCAGAUAAAGGAAGUUUCUGAUAUUGUUGGAACUUGUAAAAAUUGCAAGAUUUUGUUUCGUGAGGUGAAACAUUUGUCUAGUUUUAACAUGGUUUGUAAAUUAAUGGCAUAUUUAACUGUACAUUUAACUGCAGAAAAUAUGAAAACACAGGAAUAAAAAGGGUAUAUCUAGAUAAUCAUGUAUAAUAACCCUGCUAUUAAAUCAGUGAAGAAAAUACUUUACUCUUUUUUUGCUUUCAGUACAAUUUGAGGGAGUGCCAUAAAUCAGUAAGAAUAUUAGCCAAUUGGGGGACCAGAUUAAUUUUUUGCAAUAUUGUGUGUAAUAUGUUGGUUUCAGAUAUUUACAUAGAAUAAAAGAAAGCUGGGGCUCUGUAAUUAGUGUAUGAUUCAGACAUUAGCUACUGCAGCUUUUUUAAAUUGUCAGAGUUCCAGUCUCUGUAGUGUACAUUACACUGACGCAAAACUGAGGAAUCCUAUCCCCCCAAAAAUACUGGGUAUUACUAAAAAUAAGCAUGCACAAAGAAACCAAGCACUUCUUUCAGCUACCCCUUCCGUGGGUUUUUGCACUGAGAGAGUCCAUCAAAUAACUUGGUGCUGCUCGAAGAUCUUGUGAAAACCUUCCCUUAUGGACCAAAUGAUGACUAGUGGUGUCCUUAUUUCAGUCAAUGAAACAUUCAGGUGUCUUAUGCAGUUAGCUGAAAUAGCUAAACACUGAUGAAUUAUAUUCAGAGAUAGUUCAAUAUAUUAGGAGUGCAAGGCUCUUGUGAAAAUGACUUUAGUAACUUCAGGUCAACACUAAGAGUUGCUGGUCAGAAAAGGUCCCAUCCUUCAGUAAUGUCCUAACCCACCUCUUUGUCUUCAAUGUAGCAGUAGAAUUUUCUGCUAUAAAGCUGUUUUGUAUUGCCCUUAACCAUGUUAUAAGAUGAAAGUUUAAAAAAACAAACAAACAAAAAAAACUAGGUUAACUUGGUGCUGGUAAGAGCAGUUUAAGGUAAAUGAUUAAUUGUGAUCUUAUUUACACACAAAUAUUUAUAUGUAAAUAUUUAAGAGCAGCUGUAUGGGUGGCACAUAAAAACCUCCCCCAUUCUAUGUUUUUUCACAUGUUGAUACAUUUUGGAUGAAUUUGUGUGUUCAGUGUUUUUACCUCUCAAAGGAUAAAAUUUGAUGCUUAUGGAAUCUGGCACUUAAAACUGUAGAGUGUGAAUUGCUGUAAAAUGUUUUGUGGUUCUUAUUUCUACUGCAUUACUCUGUACCACUCGGUAUGUAACUUAGUAUGACUGUUUUGUCUGCCCUUAGCGGCGGAUUCCCCUCUGCUACUCUGUACAUUGUACAUACCAUCAUUGGUGGUGUGCUAGUGGUCCAUAUCAGGUGAGAGACUAAGGAAAGGGAGAAAUUGCUCUGGUGGCUUUUGAGUGUUGGGGAAUGUGGGGAUUUAUCUGCUAUCUAAUUGGGUAGGUUAGAUGGACUUUUUAGGCCUGCUGUGGAGUUCCUUACUUGAAUACCCAGUGGUGGUGGUUGUAGCCCUCUGGGCACCUUGAGGUUACCAAGAAGGUUGAAUAGUAUUGCUGCACGCUGGGGAUAUAGUAGACUGUACAGUGGUUAUAAGGACUUGGAGCACUAGAAUCUUGUAGAGUUUGGCAAGUGGAGGUGUGUGGUGGUGUUAGUCUUGAUUGAGAAGUUUCUUGCUAGGUGAAGCCACAACUAAAAUUCUUAGUAUGAUCCUGCCGUGUUCUGUGAAAUGCCCAGGAAUGCAGAGUGAUGGAGAAAUGGUGACCAGACUCUUCCUAUUGUUUGGUAUAAAGUCAGUUUCAGUUGUGCACCAUCAUAUCCAGAUGUGCUGCAAAAGCUCAUUUUCUUGUGAGCUUUUAGGGCGAUUGGGGUCUAAUGGGUAGAGGGGUGGGUAGGUCUUGUGAUAUAGUUGUGUUGGGAAGUUCACCUUUUUUCUUUUGUGGGAGUGUCUAUGAACUGGUACUUUGUGUAACUGGAAAUAUACUGCUGAAAUAUAGAGAUAUACUGCUGAAACUGUGGGAGGUGUCUGCAACUGUAUGUCCCAGAUAAAGAGGUAGAAAAAACAAUUUGGAUCAAGUCCUCAUUAGGUCUUCUUAAACUCUAACUGGUCAUUUGUUUUUAUAAGUUGAGUUUUUCUUUCCUAAUAGUUUAGGCCCUACAUUUAGAUUUUUAUGGUCUUGUUCUGUAGUUCUCAUAUAAACUAUAUCCCAAAAAGGUUUUGAGAAUUACUUAGUGAAGCAGAGGGAGUGGGGAGAGAAGUAAGAGUUGGUGACAAGGGAGAAAAGCUGCUUCACUGAAGUGUGAAGCAAGAUGGCAAGUCAGUCAUAGUUUUUUUUUUUUUAAAGGGUUUUUCAAAAAUCAACUCGAAUAUAAAUGUUUGGGUUUUUUUUUAAACUUCAGUUUUGGAAGAGAAGUUGGAAACUCAAG